UCGCCCCCCGUUUCCGCCCGCCCAUGAGGAUCCGGCGAAGGCCGCAGGCGCAGCAGCAGCAGGCGCUGCCGCCCUGCCCGCUGCCGCCGCAGCCCUCAGAUCCGUUCACCGCGCCCCACCCACCGCCACCGCCGAACGCGGAGGAGCAACGCUCGGGGGACGAGGCCGAGCAGGGGAAGAAGAGGAGGAUCCAGUCGGAGGUGGAGUUGCACCCGCACCCGCUCCGCCCGGACGCGGAUCCCGGCCCGCCCGCAUUGCCGUCAGGGCCGCAGGGCGGCAUCGCGGUGGUGGCGGGACGCAUCAGCAGCGGCGACGACGACGCCGGCCCGCCUGUUCACGGUCACGGCCACGGCGGCGGUGCGCAACGUCAAGGGGCAGCCGCCGCAGAUGGCCGCACCCGCACACACGAGAGCCUGGAGAAUGGACACCGCAACGUGCCUGAGCGGCCGGUGAUCGGUGCCGGAGAACGUCUCGUCGUCCCGACAAUGCCAGUGCUGCCAGUGGACGUCAAGGAAGGGAUCAAGAUUGGCGGCGGCGGCGCCAAGAAGAGGCGGCGCGGCCCGCCGGUGCUGAUGGAAGGGUCGCGGUGCAGCCGCGUCAACGGGCGCGGGUGGCGCUGCAGCCAGCCCACGCUGGUCGGCUACUCCCUCUGCGAGCACCACCUCGGCAAGGGCCGCGGGCAGCGGAGCGCGAGCCGCGCCGAGCCCGGCAGGAGCUGGACGAACGGCGCGGCCACGCUCGGCCGCACCGAGCCCAGCAUCAGGAAGAAGGCCGCGCAGCCGUCCGUUCCCGUGGUCACCAACGGCCGCGCGGGCGCGCCCAAGCUCGGCCACACCGAGCCGACCAGCAGCAGGAAGAACGUCGACGCGCUGGCCGUGGUCGCCGCCGUGGCGCACGACGCCAGGGACCUGCCGAGCCUGCGCGCCGCACCUCUAGCGGCGGAAGUCGAUUGAUUGAUCAAUCGGCUGGUCUAUCAUGGAACAGUAGAAAGUAUAAGAAUUUUUUGAUUUUCUGUUAGAAGGGUUGUGCAUUGUGCAUAUCUUGCAGUUCAUGGUGACUAGCUUCUCUGGUUGUGAGUUUCUCCUUGGUCUUUGUGAUCAUGCA